GCGUGGAACAGUGUCAGCCACGCACCGGACCGGAAUGCGCUUCCCUCGAAGGAGGGAGUGAGCGGAGCGGCGGAGGACGAUGCAGGCGGAGGAGAUAGAGGCACCUGCCGUCAGCAGCGGGAACGACAACGGCGACAGACAGCGGCCUAAAGGCAAAGAUGUGUUCAAGGACCAGCAGAAGGAGUCAGAGAGCUCUCUGGAAUUGCCGAACCUGGAGUUUGAGUACGGAGACACGGACGGCCUGACUGCUGAGCUUUCAGAGAUCUACAGUUACACAGAGGAGCCUGAGUUUGCACUGAACAGAGACUAUUUUGAGGAGGACUUCAGGAGCCAUGCAGCUCGAGGGAGGAGGUGGAUAGAGCUGACGGUGGAGCAGCAGAGGGCUUACGUGAUGAGGCUGCUGGACGCGCUGGAGGUCACAGACAGGGACAAGAGGCUAAAAGUGGCCAGAGCCAUCCUCUAUCUGGCUCAGGGUGUGUUUGACGACUGUGACACAGAGGUGGAUGUCCUCCGCUGGUCCAGACACAACAUUUUCCUGCUCUACGACAUGGGCAUCUUCACAGCGCUACUGGAGCUGCUCAGCAUGGAAAUAGAUAACAGUCAGGCGUGCAGCAGUGCCGUGAGGAAACCCGCCAUCUCUCUUGCAGACAGCACGGAACUCAGAGUCUUACUGAGCAUCAUGUAUCUGAUGGUGGAGACGAUUCGAGCUCAAACAGAGGACGACAGGCCUGAGUGGAGAACAGCCAGGGAGACCUUCAAGAAUGAGCUCAGCUCACCUUUGUAUAAUGGAGAGACUUUUGCCUUGCUCCUCUUCACCAUGGUAACCAAGUUCUGCAGCAUGAAUGCCCCACACUUCCCCAUGAAGAAAGUACUACUACUCCUGUGGAAGACUAUACUGUUCACCCUGGGAGGGUUUGAAGAGCUCCAGGACAUGAAAAUAUGUGGCCGGGAACGUCUGAACCUGCCUCCACUGCCGGAGGACAGCAUUAAAGUGGUCAGGGCCAUGAGAGCUGCUUCACCCCCAGCGUCCGCCAUGGAGCUCAUAGAACAGCAGCAGCAGCAGAAAAGAGGCCGCCGCAGCCGCAGGAGUGCCUUUGUUGAUAGCUUGGAAGGAGACAGUCCUUUUCCCAAGAAGCAGCCGCUGGUCAAGCAGGACAGCCUGGACACGUACAACGAGCGUGACCCGUUUAAGAACGACGGCCGAGAUGACGACUACGACCCCGAAGACACAGACAGCGGCAUCGAGGGCGAGGUGGACCAGCUGGACCGUGAUGUCAUUAUCCAGCCGCCACCGCCACCUCCCAUGCUCAGACCAACCACAGAAAGGGUCAACUUCCCCAAGGGCCUCCCCUGGGCCCCGAAAGUCAGAGAGAAGGACAUCGAGCACUUUUUGGAAACCAGCAGAAACAAGUUUAUCGGCUUCACCCUGGGAAAUGACACAGAAACCCUGGUGGGUCUCCCCAGGCCCAUCCAUGAGAGUGUCAAGACUCUAAAGCAGCACAAAUAUGUGUCGAUUGCUGAAGUCCAGAUCAAGAGGGAGGAGGAGCUGCAACAGUGUCCAAUGACUCUGGGCGAGGAGGAGGUGGAGGACACACCAGCAGAGAUGUUAUACUUGGGCAUGCUUCCUAACCUCUCCCAGUAUGUGAUUGCCAUUUUGAAGCUACUUCUGGCUGCCGCCCCCACCUCAAAAGCCAAAACGGACUCUAUUAAUAUCUUGGCCGAUGUACUUCCGGAGGAGAUGCCGAUCACAGUCCUUCAGAGCAUGAAGCUUGGGAUCGACGUGAACCGUCACAAAGAAAUCAUCGUGAAGGCCAUUUCUGCUCUGCUGCUGCUGCUCCUCAAACACCUGAAACUCAACCACGUCUAUCAGUUUGAAAUUGUCUCCCAGCACCUGGUGUUUGCCAACUGCAUUCCGCUCAUCCUCAAAUUCUUCAACCAGAACAUCAUGUCCUAUAUCAGUGCCAAAAACAGUAUAUGUGCACUGGAUUUUCCCCACUGCGUGGUCCAUGAGAUGCCUGAGCUCACAGCCGAGAGUCUGGAAGCAGGAGACAGCAACCAGUUCUGUUGGAGAAAUCUGUUCUCUUGUAUCAACCUGCUGAGGAUUCUAAACAAACUGACCAAGUGGAAACACUCCAGGACCAUGAUGUUGGUGGUGUUCAAAUCUGCCCCAAUCCUGAAAAGAGCUUUAAAGGUGAAGCAAGCCAUGAUGCAGCUGUACGUGCUCAAGCUACUCAAGAUCCAGACCAAGUAUCUGGGCCGCCAGUGGAGGAAGAGCAACAUGAAGACCAUGUCAGCCAUCUACCAGAAGGUUCGCCACAGGCUUAAUGACGACUGGGCUUAUGGAAAUGAUAUCGAUGCAAGGCCAUGGGACUUUCAAGCUGAAGAGUGCGCCCUGCGGGAGAGCAUCGAGAAGUUCAACAGCCGGCGCUACGACAAGAACAAGAACGGCGAGUUCACCCCCGUGGACAAUUGUCUGCAAAGCGUGCUGGGCCAGCGCGUGGAGCUGCCUGAGGACUUCCACUACAGCUAUGAGAUGUGGCUGGAGAGAGAGGUGUUCUCGCAGUCCAUCCAGUGGGAGGGGCUUCUCCAGAAUCCGUAACAUGGAGGAGCGAGGAAGAACUUGGCAACUAAGAGGCAUUAACGGUGUGUUUCCGCUGUGAAAGGGGCCUUGGACGAACGGAUAUGGAGUACGAGGGUAACACGGCACAUCCGCCAAAAAACAAAAAAAAAAGGUCAAAUCAUCCAUCACCUUGCAGGCAGAGGGAGGAUGAGAUAAAAACAGCAAAGUGGAUGAACAAAUGCAGUCCUGCUCAGAAAUAAAUGCAAAGGAACAAAUUUUGUGCAAUCAAAAUAUUUAAUAAAAUGUCCAAAGUUACUGAACAAUACUGACAAAGAACAAAAGAGACAAUUAUUGGCACACUUUGCCGAGUUAUCAGUUAAUCACCACUUUUACAGCCAGUUCUCUUUAGACAAGUCAGAGGAUGGAGACAUGAACAUCACUAAGUCACUGAAUAUGUCUGGGACUUUAUUUACAUUAAGUAAUACAAGCAGCUUAGAAUAGUAUGGUAAAUCUGCUAAAUGAGGCAGUUCUAGUGAUCAGAAGGAGGCAAGUGAGGGAAGCCACCAAAACACCCACGACAACGCUGAUAGGAGUUAUAGGCUUCUGUGGAUGUGAUUAGAGAGUGGGGAUAGUGUAAUGUAUGUCCGGUGCAACACCAGUUACACAGUUUCAUGGUGGAGAGGCACAGAGAAAAAUGUUCUUGAUAAAGAUGUGAAUUUUCAGCUACAGUUGAUCAGAAAGCAAAUUGGAGACUGAAGAUCAAAUUUGAUCCCUUGUAUUAUAGUUCUUCUCUUUCACGCCACCUUGAACAGACUCUCUGAUCAUAGGCAUAUAAGCCUAUAAAUCCAUCAGAGUUGUCAAAGGUGUCUUAGUGGCUUUCCUCACGAGUCUCCUUUUUGUAGACUUGCCUAUUCCAUCCAUAUUUACCAUAGAGCACCAUACUAUUUAUAUUUCUUAAUGACUAAUGCAAAUUUAGAAAUGUUUAUGUAUCCAUCCCCUGACUAAAGAAAACUGCAAAAGUGACAAAUUACUGUAAAUUAAUCAAAAUGUGCUAAAAUAACUCUUGCACAAUUUCAACAUGGGAAAGCAUUUUUUGCUUUUUGUUGUUUUUUUAAUAACCUCUGAGAUGUUAAAUAUCCUAACUCUACAAAAUUGGUUCCUGUGCAUUUAUGUCUGAGCAUAUUUUAAAUUCUGUACUUAAAAUUUAGCUGUGACAGUGGUUUUGAGCAGGACUGUAGCAGUGAGCUUGGCUUUGGCCCCAGAUUGCAGACGCACAUAUGGAAACCUGCACAAACACAAGCGACGCUAACGUGCCUGUGAGUAAUGUGGUGGACACAGCAGGCAGGAAGAAACAUCUGGCACCGCUAGUGUUAUACUGCCCCCUUUCUGUCCCUUUUUACAUCUACAUGUCUCCCUGCGGGUGCUGGUUUGACUCCUUAAUGAUAAUUUAUUUGCUAAAUUAUUUUUUAUGUUGCUUAAAUUUUUAAUUUGUGUAAAAACUUUUAUUUUUAUGAGUUGAAUCUUUUAUUUCUUUUAUAAGAAGUUUUCUAUCCAAGCCUAUCGAUAAGGUUGUUUUUGUGAUCUCUCUCUCUCUCUCUCUCUCUCAUGCACAGCAUUUUCAAGGCAUAAAGGCUUUUUUGGAAUGAACCAAAGGCUCAUUUUGAUAGUCUAAAUGAAAACGUGAGCUACUCCCUCUGACUUUUUUUGUGAGCUCACAGUUUUCACCCCACAAAUAAAUACACCAGCUGCAUGAGCACAAAUAAAAAAAUAUAUUAAUCUGCAAAACAUGCACACUGAUUUCUGGAGUGAGAAAUGACAGUGGUUUCAAACGUCAUCCUUAAAAAAAAAAAAAAAAAAUCCUGAAUAACUCAAAUUUGUACUUUUCUGCUUCAGUCUGCACUGUUUGCAGUUCAGACAGACUGCCUCCUCCUCAAUCUGCCCGACAACAGCACAACACGGAGCUCUGAGUGGCCUUGGUGAGCAUUUUGCUGCUCUUGCUUGGAAGAACACAAAACGGUGCUGUUUUUUUCUAUGUACAUCUUCAUUAUUUAACUGAUCUAUCGCCUACAGAGUCUGUCCCCGAGAGCUCAUUAAAGGGGUCGUAUUGUGCAAGAAUCUGUUUUGUCUCCUGUUACAUUUACAUAUGGUUUGUCUUUUAUAUUUAACAUCUUUCAAGUCCCACAAUUCUGUGACUGUGCAGGCAGAACUUCUGCUAGAAACAAAACUUCAGCAUGAAACAGCUUAUUUUAGACACCUGUAAGGGAGGUUUCUGCUUGCCGUUAUAUCUCUGGCCCUGCGGUCACACUUAUUCUGACCAAUCACAGUAGUGGUUAUCACAAAUAUUUUUAAGUUUUGUCAGGCUCAACGCAGCGAGGGAGGAAGAAAGCAGAGGGCUUGUGGCAAACUGCAGCUCCUUUCUAUUUAAAGCAACAGACACAUAAAAUGCGCUGUAACGGCUUGUCUGAUUUCUCCUAGCACCUCUCACCUGACCAAGUUUGGCGACAAGUACUCUAAAGUCAGCACACCACUCGGAAGAAGUCUGGAAAAGACCUUUUUUCCAGAGCUCAGUUGGACUUGAGCUACAUCAACUAACGUGUGCCUGGGGAUGGCCCGGUGCCAGCUUGGCGUGACCCUGGGUGCACUUGGCGUAUACUCCCGGGCAAUUUGGACUUAACUCUGAAAAUAAGCUCCUGAAAAUUUAGAACACGUUCAAAGCCGGUACGAGUUUAAUCAAGCUAUAGCAUGACUCAGCAAAUUCUCUCGCCAAGACACAAGAGCUGUGCAGAGAUGCUACUUGGAAAAACUUGGUGCUGAACUCAGUAAAAGCAGCUUCAGAGACCUCACUAAAAAAAUAAAAUAAUAAUUAGCCUUAGAGUUUAUGGGAUGUUUCAUCAAACUCAUUCACAGAUUAGCUUGUAGAAAACACAUGCAUAAUGUGCCCCAUUUAAGUGUUUUGCCUUUUAAUUACGCCUCGACACUGAAGCAUAACACAAAACGUUUUUCCUAUCGUUGCUUGUUUGAUUACCAUAAAAUUCUGCUUCUCUGCAAAUGUGCAUGGCCACUAUUCAGUUUAUUACACUACUGGAAGUGUGUGACAACUAUUCGUGAAAAGAAUGUAAUGUUUUUUCUCCCCUUCUUUCCUCUGAAGCCAACAUUUUUGAAAGUAAUGUACACUUAUGUACACUUUAUAAAUACUCAGGUUUGUGGAGAUACAAAAGAAAAGGUUUUAUUAGCACAGUAUUGUUGUGACGAAAACACCUGGAGCACUGAAACAUUUACUGCAAAGGCACGAAACACGACUCAUCGGAUUUGUCGGUUAAGUUUAAUGUUCAGGUGCAUUGUGCCAAAUUUCAGUGCCACUUUUUUUUUGGGCAUUUUUAUGUUGCCGUAUCCUUUAUUGACUUGUUAACGCUGUCCGCCUGCCACCAAGUCACUGAUGAAGGUUUGCAAUACAAAAUACUUUCUACCUGGAAAAAAAAAGCUGUACAAUCAUUAAAAAUUCAUGUUUGUCGUAUUCUGGCAGCAUAUUUUAGCAGAUGUAUUUUAUGGAUGUUACUGUAUGUGCUCUUUUGUUGUAUACAUUUCCAUAUAGUCCAGAUGAAUAUGUUCAGGGGUAUGUGCAAUUACUGAUCAAUAGAGGCAUUAUUCAAGAUAACUGCAAUAUCAGAGUUGCUUAUUAAUUAAAAUAUGUUGAACAC